AGUAACUUUGUUCUGGGGAAUGCCCAGGUGCAGUCACUCUAUCCCAUCGUCUACUGCUCCGAUGGCUUCUGUGAGCUCACUGGUUACGCCCGCGCCGAACUCAUGCAGAAGAGCUGCGCGUGCCAUUUCCUGUACGGCCCCGAGACGAGCGACCGGUCUACGGCCCAGAUUCAAGGAGCUCUGGACGACAGGAGGGAGUUCAAGACUGAGCUGGUGUUCUACAAGAAGGAAGGCACAAAGUUUUGGUGCCUUCUGGACAUCGUGCCCAUUAAGAAUGAGAAGGGAGAGGUGGUUCUGUUCCUCGUGUCCCACAAAGACAUAACCGACAAGAAGAUGGAGCAGGAUCCAGAGCAGGGGCCUGAAACUGAUGAGGAGACGGGGCUACAGGUGCAUCAGGUAACUCGCCCUCCAGGCUUCAACGCCAACCGGCGCCGCAGCAGAGCCGUGCUCUAUCAGCUGUCAGGACAUCUGCAGAAACAGGACAAGAGCAAGCUCAAGAUCAACAAUAACAUGUUUGGGCAGAAACCUCCGAUCCCAGAGUACAAAGUAGCAGCCAUCCAGAAGUCCCGCUUCAUCCUGCUCCACUACGGCACCUUCAAAGCUGGCUGGGACUGGUUAAUUCUGCUGGCCACCUUCUACGUGGCCGUCACUGUUCCCUACAACGUCUGCUUCACCGUUGGUGGAGGACGGGACGAAGGCACCUCACGGAGUCCACCUAGUGUCAGCGACAUCCUAGUGGAGAUCCUUUUCAUUUUAGACAUCUUGCUGAAUUUCCGUACAACCUUUGUGAGCACAUCGGGUCAGGUGGUCUAUGACGCCCGCUCCAUCUGUGUUCACUACGUCACCACCUGGCUGUUUGUUGACCUGGUUGCUGCCCUGCCCUUUGACCUGCUUUACGCUUUCAACAUCAGCGUGAACUCCAGGGUCCACCUGUUGAAGACUGUCCGACUGCUUCGGUUGCUGCGGCUCCUGCAGAAGUUGGAGCGCUACUCGCAGUACAGCGCCGUGGUUCUGACUCUGCUCAUGUCCAUGUUUGCGCUGCUGGCCCACUGGAUGGCCUGUGUCUGGUACUACAUUGGUCACAAUGAGAUCGAAAGCCGGGGCUCCUGGGAUAUCGGUUGGCUCUAUGAGCUGGCGAAGCGCUUGGGCACCCCUUACUUCCUGUCCUCUCUGUCGACGCCUGUCCCGGCCACAGUGAGCAGCCUUCCAGCCAACAGCUCUCAGUGGAACGUGACAGGGUCAGAGGUCACAGGGCGAGGAGCCCUGAACUCCAGCCAGAAUUACGGGAACAUCUCAGAAACGGGGGAGCUGAAGGUGCUUGGCGGCCCGUCGACCCGUAGCAGCUAUGUGACCGCCCUCUACUUUGCUCUGAGCAGCCUGACCAGCGUGGGCUUCGGGAACGUUUCUGCCAACACGGAUUCAGAGAAGAUCUUCUCCAUUUGCACCAUGCUUAUAGGAGCGCUGAUGCAUGCCGUGGUGUUUGGUAACGUGACCGCCAUCAUCCAGAGGAUGUAUUCCCGCCGCUCGCUGUACCACACCCGCACCAAGGACCUGAAGGACUUCAUCAGGGUCCACCGGCUGCCCAAAGCCUUGGAGCAGCGAAUGCUGGAGUGUUUUCAGACCACCUGGUCUGUGAACAAUGGGAUCGACGUCAGUGAGCUGCUGAAGGACUUCCCUGAUGAGCUGCGGGCGGACAUUGCCAUGCACCUGAACAAGGAGCUGCUGCAGCUUCCCCUCUUCGAGUCGGCCAGCAGGGGAUGCCUGCGCUCUCUCUCCCUCAUCAUCAAGACCUCCUUCUGCGCUCCUGGAGAGUUCCUCAUCCGGCAGGGGGACGCCCUGCAGGCCAUCUACUUCGUCUGCUCAGGCUCCAUGGAGGUGCUGAAAGACAACACUGUGCUGGCCAUCCUGGGUAAAGGGGACCUGAUUGGUUCAGACUCCCUGACCAAGGAGCAGGUGAUCAAGACCAAUGCCAACGUCAAAGCCCUGACCUACUGUGACCUGCAGUACAUCAGCCUGAAGGGGCUCAGGGAGGUCCUCCGGCUCUACCCGGAAUACGCCCAGAAGUUCAUCAGCGAGAUACAGCAUGACCUCACGUACAACCUGCGCGAGGGUCACGGGGCGGACAAGGACUGGGAGAGUAACGGCGGCCUGGUGAAGAAGUUACCGUCCAUCCGUGAGGAUGAGGAGGGUGAUGAGGAGCAGAGCUCCGUUUCCCGGGCUCCUCGCUCCCCGCUGCAUCUCAGCAGGGGCCUCAGCUCGCCUCUGCGCUCCCCCCUCCUGACCCCGCGGCCUUUCCGGGCCCCCACAGAGCACCUGCGGCCCUCCACCUUGCAGAUACCGGUGGUGAGCUUCAGCAGUGCGCCGCCAGAGCUCAGCCCCAGAUUUGUGGACGGCAUCGAAACAGAGAGCAAUUCCACCUCCUCGCAGAGGUUUGAGUUCAGCCCCAGUCUGUCACCUGCAGCCCCGCCCUCCCCGCUCGCAGGGAUCCGCGAGCACUCUGAGAUGAAGCAGAGCGUGACCAAGCUUACAGAGGAGAUGAACUCGCUCUCCAAACAAGUGUCCAACCUCAGUCAGGAGCUGCGGGAAAUGGCUCGCCUGCUUAAGCCCCUCCUCCAAGCGGCUCCGCAGCCAAUCCUGACCAGCACGCUGUCCGGCCUCGCUCCGCCACAGAGCAGUGCCAGCCAGCUGCUGUCCACAUCCUGGUUCACGGCGCCCCCCACGUCGACGCCUUACCCCCCCCAGAGAGCAGACACUCACUCCCUACUGGAUAGUGGAGCCCCAGAAGUGGAGGGUUUGCCACGAUGCCUUCUCCCAACUCAUUCACCAAAAAAGCAGGAUUCUCCUCCGUCGGCAUCACCACAGCCUCCCCCCAGCCCCAAAGGGGGGAGCAUGGAGGAAACACCAUGCACGAACUUCCUCUUGUCUAAGGAAGAACCUGUGAGGGGAUCCGUGGGGCCCUGCAGCCCCCCGGUGUCCCCCAGUAAUGGGGUCCUCUUACCCCCACUGCAGGACCAGCCUCCCCUGCGUUCUAACACCCCUUCACCUUCACUCUCCCUGUCCGUCUCCCUCAACUCUUCGCCAUCGCUGUCUCCUUGCCAGUCCCGACCCACCAGCUGUGGCAGCAGAGGCCUGCUCCCCCCACCCCCGUCUCAGGACACACCUCCUCCCGUAUCCUCUCACCGCUCGGCUCCCUCCUCAGUCUCCUCCUCUCCUGGGGGUCACCGGCUGAGGCCUUCCUUUUCCAUCCCCAUCCCAUCCGCUGUAGCUCCCCCCCAUCCCUCCACCCUGUCCCUCCCCUCGUCUCUGAGCUUUGGGAGCGUAACAAAAGUAGACGUUCCCACUCCACCAAGGUGGAACCCACAGGGAAGCCAGGAGGAGGCCAGAGCCCCCGUGUUUUCCCAGGAGGUGGAGAUGCAGGAGUGGAGGCGACAAACAGAGGAGGGGAAAAGCUCCACAGAGGAAUUCAGUUUCAUUGAUGAAGAGGAUCCUGUGUUAUAAACAGGUUGACGCAGCGAAGAACAAAGCGACGGUGAGAACGAGGUCAGAGCAGGAAAGGUAGAAUAGAAACAGAUCAAUCUGACAGGCAGGAGAACCCGAAGCACCGGGGAGUCAAACCCACAGCCUACUGAUCAUCAACGCGCUCA